GAUUUAUUUUAAAAUUCUUCAGUUGAUUAUAAGUUUUACGCAAAUUUAAAAAUCCACAACUAAAUCAAAUAUUUGCGCUGUGUUUGAGGAAGUAAUUCAUCUGCAGUGUGCAAGUUGUACAAAAGGUUUUCUGUGCAUAUAUCAAUGCAACAUAGGCGUAUUUGGUUAAAAAACUACAUUUGAGCUAAAGAGUUUGGACAGAAUGGCAGGAGAAGAUAGCAAGAUAUUUAAGCUGUUAAAGUUUGCUCUCACUGACUCUUCUGUGUUUCUUCCGGGUGGAAAAUACUCAAGUGAGCUUGCUGAAAACUGCCAUGAAUUGUUUCAACGGGAUUAUGUGUGCACGUCAAUGGACAAUAGUCGUGGUCAACUAUGCAGCACAUAUCCUGUGCAGGUAAUUGUACCUGUGAAGGAAAAGAUACAUGGUUUAAAGGAAUACUGUCCCAACAACCAAAAUGAUUUUGAUAACUCGGAACUUGUGGACUUGAUACAAAAGGGACGAUUUGCUCGAACAAGAGGUAGAUUUCCUGCUCCUGUCUUGUUUGUAUGCGGAAAGUUUAUCUGCAGAUCUUCUACACUGGCUCGAUCACCAGAGAUAUAUGGUCGUACAGGGUUUAGUGGGUUCCAAUACUUUUUGCAUGGGGAGGCUGUACCACCAACAGAUAUGGUGGAUAAUGGGAUUCAAAAUGGCAACCAUGUUCAAAAUGGAUUGCAGGAUAGUGUAGCAGAUUACACUUCAAAUGCAUCACAAAACGGUAAUUCUCCAGUCAUGCAUUACAGUGCUGGUAAAGAAAAAGUAAAAGGGCGUUAUAGUGCUGGCAAGCAAGUAUUGAAUGGUGGGAGUGCAAACAAAAGUAAACUUACCCAGAGUACCACUGAUAAUGGUCAACCUAAAGAAUGGUUGGUUGAUAAAAUGAGAAAUACUGACAUUGACUUACUUCAUAUGCUAAAAGUUAACGUAAUUUGUGAUUUUAUGGUAGAGAAAAAGAAAGUUAAAUACGGAUUAAAUGUUACUUCAUCUGAGAAAGUGGACCGGGAGCAACGCUAUUCUGAUUUUGAUUUAAUAAGCAUUCCUUACCCAGGGUGUGAGUUUUUUGCUGAUUACACCAAUAAUAACUAUAUGGGCGAGGGUCUAAAAUUCGACUGGACCCAACAUUUUGUUGAUGCUGAACUCCAACUUCCAGAUAAUAUGAAAAACAUAGCAGAGGUUCAAUGGGAUGAUUACAUGCAUUGGGAUCUGGUGAAAUUAACUCAAAACUACAUCAAACUACUGCUGAACUGUUUAGGUCGUCCAAAUUCUUCAGGAAUUCUGCUGCAUUGUAUAUCUGGUUGGGAUCGUACACCUCUGUUUGUUUCUUUAUUAAGGUUAUCACUGUGGGCUGAUGGGUUGGUUCACCAAUCCUUAUCGCCAGAAGAAAUGGUUUAUUUUACACUUGCUUAUGACUGGCUGCUCUUCAGCCACCAAUUUGCGGACAGAGUUGAUAAAAGUGAAGAAAUAAUGCACUUUUGCUUUGACUUUUUAAAGUAUAUUCGUUCUCCAAGUUUCUCUCUUUUAACCGAUGCUGCUUCUCUGCAACAACUUGGUUUAUCCGACAAUGAAAGUGGCGAAGAAGUGUUUUUUCUGGAAGAAAUGUUGGAACAAACAAACAUGGUUUCAAAAGAGGAAGUUACACUGAAUGGUCAUUCAGGCUUACCAUCCAAGACAAGUAAAAAUGGUCAAACCACUCAAAACUGUGCAACCAAAUUAAAACCAGAUACACAGUUUAAUGGUACACAAAAUGGUAGCAUGAAUCCUCAAAGCAAUCUUAUAGGUGAGGUAACCUUAGAAGAAGUGGAAAGUUGCCUUAAUUGUAUAAUUGAUGAGAUACCAGAACAAACUUCAAAGGUAAUCAACACACAAUGUGAAAGGGAAAAUGAUAACUGCAAAGAGAGGAUUUUUAACUCAGAAGAUUUGGAUAAAUCGUUAGAAAUUCCCAACUCAGACAUUAGGUCUGCACCUGUUCUUCCUCUUAAAAGCAGCAAUAUUACCAGCAAUACUUGCCAAUCAUGCAAUGGUUAUGUUGAAAGUAAUGUCGAAACAUCACAAGAUAAAGUUUAUUUUACUGAACCAACUACGCCACGUUCUGCUUUAUCAACAAGCUUUGAAACAGCAAAGAGUAAUUUAUUUUUAAAUAACCCGACUUCGGAAAAAAACCACAAAGGACUUUCUAACUCGUUUUCAUUUUUACUUAAUGGCUCGAAAGAAAACGCGGUUGUUAAAAGUGACCCAAUCACUGUUCCCAAUUUAUCCAGUUUUGUUAAACGAAAUGGGACAAACGAAAGCUUUGGAAACAGUUGCGAAAGCUCAGAGUCUUAUCGAACAAACACUGCAGAACCGGGUAGCAGUUGGCAAAUGAUUGCGUCACCGCCGUUGCUUUCUGAUCAAAGAAAUGAUUCAUCUAACUUCAUGCUUGAUAUCUCUCAAUCAGUUCAAGUUGAUAGGCAUGCUUCACGAAAGAGUUCGUUUUCAUCUUCAGUAUAUGGAUCAACUGAAAAUGUAAAUGAGCUUAAAGCGAAACUGGCUUGUCGGGCGGAGAGACUCGACAAAGCACAGAACAUAAUGAUCCCUGCAUAUUGUGCAGUGGUUCAGCAACAGCGAAGACAACAAGAGCAGCAAAGUGGUGCUUUGUCUGCUAUCUUUGGUCACCUUGCUCAGUUGGUUAAACGGACUUGAGUAAUAUAUAUACUUUAUUGUUAUUUUUUUCUGAGCGCAAGUAAUAUAUAUAUAUAAAUAUUAAUCAUAUUUUUUUAUUGACUGGAACUAUGCAAAGUGCAUAUUUCCAGAUCUUCUAAAUUUUGUUGCUCACCAAAAAUGUUUUGGAGAGCCUAAGCUAUUUAGCUACAAUGAUAACAAUUGUUAUACCUUUUUUUCCAAGUAAAAUAUUUUUUGUUAGGUGUUACAUAUUUAAUCACACUGUGUGCUGAUUCAAUUUAAAAAUGUUUUAGUUUCUAUAAUUAGAGGAAAAAAAAUUCGUGUGUAUUAUUACAUAGACUAUUUCUCGAAAUAUAUCGCUUACAUUGUCAUAAAAUCAAGAAUUUUGAUCAGCAUAAAGAUUAAAGAAUAUAAAAUUAAUUUUCUCAUUUUUUCUUAAGAGCCCUUUACUAUGUUUUUUAUUAUUUUAGUUAAAAACCUUUUUGUUUUAAUGUUUUUUUCUGAACAAUUUUUUGUGCAAGAAAAUUUGAAAAUCCCAUUUUCACAUUAUUUCAUUUAAAAUGUUACCACAAUUAGACUAUAGGCCAGAAGAUGUAACUUAAUACCAUAGCGUGCUUGGCGCUAUUAGAUUUCGAAUUUCAUUGUUGAUGGGUCAUGUUUAUUUCUUGGUCGCCACACUUUUGUCGUUUUAAUUACCGUAGCUGCAAUACUACUCUUUGUGUCCGUUUACUUAUUUGUUCAGUCGUUGCGACAUUAUAUUCUCAAUUGUUUAUUAAAGCGUGCAAUUAUUGCAUGGGA